AUGCACUUCCGUGACGCCAAGAAACGACCGGAACCCGAGGCCUGGACAAGAAGAAUGUAUGGCCGACAAACACGAAAGCCGCUAAUUUCACAGCGAAUGGAAGAAACGGAGUCACGCCAGCAUGGUGAAUGUUCACAAACACGCACUGUUCACCUUCCAAAUGCUACCACCUGGUGGGACCUGACGAACCGCCAACAGGUUGAGCGACGGCGCCCAGCAUGUGAAUGCAACAGAACUGUUGUCUUUUUCGUGAAUGUCACAACACGCACUGUUCACCUUCCAAAUGCUACCACCUGGUGGGACCUGACGAACCGCACAGGUGAGGACGGCGCCCAGCAUGUGAAUGCAACAGAACUGUUGUCUUUCGUGAAUGUCACUCACCCCACUAUUCAUCUUCCAAAUGCUACCACCUGGAGGGAACUGACGGACGACCCAGAUGAGGACGACGCCCAGCAUGUGAAUGCAACAAAACUGUUGACUUUCGUGAAUGUCACUCACCGCACUAUUCAUCGUCCAAAUGCUACCACCUGGAGGGAACUGACGGACGACCCAGGUGAGGACGACGUCCAGCAUGUGAAUGUAACAGUGAGUGCCCAAGGAACCACCCCCACUGUUCACCUAUGGGAAGAGGCAGCUUCGAACUCCACUACUACUACCUGGAGGGAAACACCAGACCACCCAGGUAAAGACAACAACGUGACAGAAAGUUUCAAUCCAGAUUUUGACCAGCCGUCCACCCCCUCACGCGAACCGCACCAGCCACUCGUCUAUCGCAACUACGGUCGCGCAAAUGUCACCGGAAGCGGCUGGCGCAUAACGGUUUACGACGAAGACGACGUGCCGUGCUUGAAGAUGAAUCUGCAAGUCCUAAUCAAUGUGUAUCUCGUACGAAACAACCCGCGCUCGCCCCCUUCCUUCAUCCAGAUGCUCCCCACGUCACCGGAUGAACUGCACGUGGAGGGCGAGUGCAACAACGGAUCCUCGCUGGUCUUUCUUUCGUGCGAAAGCGCGAACCUCACGCUGAGCUUCGACGGAGGCGAAAACGGCACGUGGUCCCUGGUCGAGGUCGAACUGUCGGUGGUAAAUCGCGAGUGGUUCGAGAAGCACCAGAUCUGCGAGUCUCCCUGUGAUCCCAUCGGUUUGAAGACGUCCCCUGAAGACGCCUGGUCGUAUAAUUCGCGCACCAGGUGUAGAAAAGUCGACGUACCUCUAAAACACGGGGAGGGGAGACUACAAGCGAUGGUAUUUUUAAUGGACGAUUUUCAUGUGGAGCCCUUCCUCUCGACGGAGAGGGUUGAUUUUGAAGAAAAGAAAUGCCAAUAAAGUGCAAAAUUUGUUCUGGAUUCUACCUCGUGACACUAACUUUUCCUUUGUUGUAUUAGGAGCACAGUAAAGAGCCUUGUUAAACGUA